GCGCGGCCCGCGUGUGCGUCCCGCCGGCUUUGGGCGCCCUUGGGAGCUCUUGGCGCCACGGCUCAUGGCAGGGCCGGUGAAGGGCAGAGGGGCCGGGGCCCUGGACUUGCUCCGGGCCUUGCCGCGUGUGAGCCUGGCCAACUUAAAGCCGAAUCCCGGCUCCAGGAAACCGGAGAGACGACCGAGAGGUCGGAGAAGAGGUAGAAAGUGCGGCAGAGGCCAUAAAGGAGAACGGCAGAGAGGAACCCGGCCUCGGCUGGGCUUCGAGGGAGGCCAGACUCCGUUUUAUAUCCGCAUUCCAAAAUAUGGGUUUAAUGAAGGACAUAGCUUCAGACGCCAGUAUCAGCCCUUGAGUCUCAACAGACUGCAGUAUCUCAUUGAUUUGGGUCGAAUUGAUCCUACUCAACCUAUUGACUUAACCCAACUGGUCAAUGGGAGAGGUGUGACCAUCCAGCCACUCAAAAGGGAUUAUGGUGUUCAGCUGGUGGAGGAGGGUGCUGACACCUUUAAAGCGAAAGUGAACAUUGAAGUUCAGUUGGCCUCAGAGCUAGCCAUCGCUGCAAUUGAGAAGAAUGGCGGUGUCGUUACCACAGCCUUCUACGAUCCGAGAAGCCUGGAAAUUCUAUGCAAGCCUGUUCCAUUCUUCCUGCGUGGACAGCCCAUCCCCAAGCGGAUGCUUCCGCCUGAAGCACUGGUACCAUACUACACCGAUGCUAAGAAUCGUGGCUACCUGGCGGAUCCUGCCAAAUUUCCUGAAGCUAGACUGGAGCUCGCCAGGAAGUACGGUUACAUUUUGCCAGAUAUCACUAAGGAUGAACUCUUCAAGAUGCUCAGUACUCGGAAGGAUCCAAGGCAGAUUUUCUUUGGUCUUGCUCCAGGAUGGGUGGUGAAUAUGACAGAUAAGAAAAUCCUCAAACCUACUGAUGAGAAUCUCCUUAAGUACUAUAGCUCAUGAAUUCUCUUGCAAGAAAGCGGAGUUUCAAAGUACCAGAAAAGGGACUGAAACACAUUUCUCAUUGCACUUUCCUAACGAUGGCGAUGUUAGUUUUUGGUGUAUUUGUAUCUCUUUGUCAUGUUUAUGUCAAAUUAAAACUGUAAGAAGCAAGGACUGCAGAGAGAAAAUGGGUCUGUGGGUUCCAUCUCAAAGAUGCAAGUGUCCCAGUGAGCCGUGGAAGGACAGCUGUAACUAUAUUAGGGUACUUCUAGUCUGUCCUUCCUGGUCUUGUCACUCAGCCCAUGUCCUGUCCUGCUGCCAACCAGAAGGCCAGUGCAAGCUGGUGGGACUGACUCCAGGCCUGCUCAGCCGUAAGAGCUGGUGAGCUGGUGGGACUGACUCCAGGCCUGCUCAGCGACUUGUGAGCUGGUGAGCUGGUGACCUCUCUCGGUCAGGAGCCUCAGAGAAGCCCUUGUGACCCAGUGUUCCGAUGCUAAGCUCAAUUUGGGAAGAAUGAGAGCAAGGAUGUGGGCUUAAGGCUUAAGGCAGGUGAACAGCUUCUAUGUGGUGUGUUAGCUAGCAUCAUUGAAGUUUAGAGGAACAAAAAUGUCAGCUGGAUUUAUUUUCUCCACUCUGAUAAGAGUAGACAGUCAUGAUCAAGCCACUGCAGGUUUUUUUUGAGGUACAUAAAUAUUCUCCUUGAUAUAAUUUUACUUUGCUCAUAGACAUUGGAGAUC